AAUGCUGCUAUUCAGAGACAGAAUGGAUUUAUGAACUGAAUGAAGUGUGUUUUGAUGUGCUUCACUGUUGAAACAGAGGAAUAAUUUCUGAAUGUUCUGAACUGGGAGUUGAGUUGAACAGCUUUAGACUGCACUGCCUGUGAAAUGAGUCUCUAUGUGAAGAAAGAGGAGGAGGCUACAUCUCCAGAACCCAGCAGUGUGUCUAUGAAGAGUAACGCAUCUAUGGGAAUACCUCCUCUUCUCAAUGAUGGCACAGUGACCUCUGCCCCUGACUCUGCCUCUGAAAUGAGUCGCAAUGUGAAGAGAGAAAAGAAGGAUGAUGUUGACAUGCAUAAAGCAGAAUCUCCAGAUCCCAGCUGUGUGUCUAUGAAGAGUGGAGGAUCCAUGGGAAUCCCUCCUCUUCUCAGUGAUGGAGCAGUGACCUCUGACACUGAAUUGACAAGAGGAAAUGUGAGCCGAUCAGUGAUGCCCUUUCUGACUCGCUUUGUCUCCUACUGUCAGAAUGUCUUCAGGAAGAACAACAGCAAAACAGCCCUGCAGAGUGUCAAAGACCAGCACCAAACCAGCAUGAAGAACAGGUAUGAGAGCUUAUCUGAGGGAAUCAAACUAGAAGGGAAUCAAACCCUCCUGAACAGGAUCUACACACAGCUCUACAUCAUAGAGGGAGAGAGUGAAACAGUAAAUGAAGAACAUGAAGUUUUACAGAUGGAGAAAACACCCAGAACACAACACACUCCAAUCUACUGCAAUGACAUCUUUAAACCCUUACAUGAACCAGGAUGUGAGGAGAAACACAAAAUCAAAACUGUUCUUACUAAAGGCAUCGCUGGUAUUGGAAAAACCGUCUCUGUGCAGAAGUUCAUUCUGGACUGGACCGAGGGAAAAGCCAAUCAGGAUGUAGAUUUCAUGUUUGUGCUUCCAUUUCGAGAGCUGAAUUUGAUCCGAGAUCAUCAGUACAGUCUUCACAGACUUCUGCUGGACUUUCAUCCUGAACUUCAAGAUCUGGACUCUAAGAUUUAUGAGGAGUGUAAGGUUGUGUUCAUCUUUGAUGGUCUGGAUGAAAGCAGAAUUACACUGAUGUUUUCAGAUGAUAAUAAAGUUUGUGAUGGGAAUGAGUCUUCAACAGUGGGUGUGUUGAUGUCAAACCUCAUCAGAGGAGAGCUGCUUCCCUCUGCUCUCAUCUGGAUCACCUCCAGACCAGCAGCAGCCAAUCAGAUCCCCUCCAAAUACAUCAACCGUCUGACAGAAAUUCAGGGAUUCACUGAGCCUCAGAAGGAGGAAUAUUUCAGGAAGAGAAUCAGUGACCAGCAUCAAGCCAGCAGAAUCAUCUCACACAUCAGAAGAGCAAGAAGCCUCCACAUCAUGUGCCACAUCCCUGUCUUCUGCUGGAUCUCAUCCACUGUGCUUCAGAAGCUCCUGGAAGAAGAUCUGAGUGCAGAAAUCCCUCAAACUCUGACUGAAAUGCUGAUGAAGGGCAAUGUGAUGUUCUAUGAAAAGGACCUGAUUGAGAGCAGGAUAGACAUCACUGAUGCCUCAGUGUAUUCUGGGAUUUGCACUGAGAUCUUUAAGGAGGAAUCUGUGAUUCAUCAGAAGAAAGUCUACUGCUUCAUACAUCUGAGCUUUCAGGAGUUUCUAGCAGCUUUCUUUUUGUUUCACUCCCAUGUAGUCAAGAAUGAGGAAUCAGUGAAGUCAUUUCUUAAUGACGAAUAUCAGUGGUACAGUCAGGAAAACUCGUAUGAGCUACUAAAAUCAGCAAUUAAUAAAUCCUUAAAGAGUAAAAAUGGACACCUAGAUAUUUUCUUGCGGUUCCUUCUGGGCGUCUCACUGGAGUCCAAUCAGAGACUCUUACAGGAUCUACUGACACACACAGUGAACAGCUCAGAGACAAUCAACAGAAUCACACAGUACAUUAAAGACAGAAUCAAGGGUGAUUAUGAAUGUCUCUCAGCUGACAGAUGCAUCAAUCUGUUCCUCUGUCUGCUGGAAAUAAAAUAUCAGACUCUGUACAGAAAGAUUCAGGAGUUUGUGAAAUCAGAGAAUCACUCAGUGGAGAAACUCUCUCCGUCUCAAUGCUCAACAAUCGCCUACAUGCUUCAGAUAUCAGAGGAGGUGCUGGAUGAGUUUGAUCUGAAGAGAUACAACACAUCAGAUGAGGGUAGAAGGAGACUGAUACCAGCUGUGGUGAACUGCAGCAAGGCACUGCUUGCUGACUGUAAUCUCACUGAUCAGUGCUGUGAAAGUUUGUCUUCCUCUCUACAAUCAUCAAACUCACUGAGAGAGCUGGACCUGAGUAACAAUGACCUGCAGGAUUCAGGAGUGAAGCUGCUCUCUGAUGGACUGAAGAGUUCACACUGUCAACUCAACAUAUUGAGGUUAUCUGGCUGUAUGGUGACAGAGGAAGGCUGCUGUUUUCUGGCUUCAGCUCUGAGUUCAAACCCCUCACACCUGAGAGAGCUGGAUCUGAGUUACAAUCAUCCAGGACAAUCAUUAGUCAAGCUGCUCUCUGAUCCAAACUACAGACUGGACAAACUCAAUGUGGAUCAUGGAGGAGAGAUCAGGAUUACAACAGGGCCACAAAAAUAUGCAUGUGAUCUCACACUGGAUUUAAACACAGCAAACACUUAUCUGUCUCUGUCUGAGAGGAACAGAAAAGUGACACAUAUGAGAGAGAAGCAGCCGUAUACUGAUCAUCCAGACAGAUUUGAUGAGUGUUAUCAAGUUCUAUGUGGAAAGACUCUGUCUGGACGCUGUUACUGGGAGGCUGAAUGGAGUGGGAACGUUUAUAUAUCAGUGACAUGUAAAGGAAUCAGCAGGAAAGGAGAGAGUGAUGACUGUUUGCUUGGAUACAAUGAAAAGUCCUGGAGUUUGAACAGUUUUAAUAACAGUUUCUUUGUGAGACACAGUAAUAAGAUCACAGAAAUAUCUGUCCCUUCACAUCGCCCUAAGAAAGUAGGAGUGUAUCUGAACUGGUCGGCCGGCACGCUGUCCUUUUACAGCAUCUCUGACACACACACACUCACACACUUACACACAUUCGACAGCACAUUCACUGAACCCCUCUGUGCUGGUUUUGGGGUUUAUUCUGGUAGUUCAGUGUCUCUGUGUGAGAUUAAACAGCCUUUCAUGAGAAGCAAGUGAGACACACAGUUAAGUGAAAGAAUCUCAUUCACAUUAUCUCUCUUGAACUCAACAACUGUAAACUCUUUCUCUCUUCUAAUCUUAAUUUCAGUGUGUGUGUGUAUAUAAAAACACGUUGACUUCAGUCUGAAUGAGACACCACAGACUUGUUUUGUGUUUUUAUAAGGUUUGUCUUUCUGAAUCUCUGAGCGCUACCUGGAGGAAGAUUUAGUUUCUCACUCACAGGAAACAGUUCUUAGCAACCGCUUGCUCUGUUACUUUGGUAACUGAGUGUCGGUCAGAGCUCAUCUUCUAAACACACUUCAUCAUAAAUGUUAAAGGCUGUGGAGCUCAUUUUAUGCUCCAUGUUGAAGGUUGACAUCUCUUCCUGAUCACUCAUUCUAAACUGUCUGUCUUAAAAUCACAGUCAGACUGAUUGUUCAGUAGAGCUGAAGAUGUGGAUCAAACUCAUGUCAGAUUUAGUCUUUGUAGAGACUCGAUGAUCAGGAGAGUUGAGAAUCUCUCCUAGUUGUAAAACCUGAAUACAUUCAAUGAUCAGCUUGUGUCUUGAGCUCAACAUUAUUAUGGGCUGAUAAUUUAUCCUCAAAUUAUGUAUUUUAG